UCUUUCACCGUUAGGAGGUGCGCGAUCGGUGACGUCGCUACCGAUCGAGUAGUCCAGGAGAGAUUGGAAAUGGAAUUUACGGAAGGUUUACUAUUUAUUGCAGGUUUAACGAGAUAAAUAUAAUAUUAUUAGUGGAAAUUUUACAUUAAUUUCAUCUCCGAAGAUGGUUUCGCUAAUCAAAAAUCAGAUACUCAAACAUCUAUCCAAAUUUGCCAAAAAUCUAUCCCCAGACAGAGUAGUUUUAAGUACGUUAAAAGGCCACUGUGAGUUAAUGAAUUUAGAAUUAGACGAAUUGGUCCUAACAGACGUUCUAGAAUUACCUUCGUGGCUACGAAUAACUAAUGCUAGGUGUAAUCAUGUUACGGUUAAAAUUCAUUGGACAAAAUUAAAAUCUGUUCCCAUUCAUUUGUCGUUGGACGAAGUCGUCGUGGACACGGAGACCUGCGAGGACUUAAGAACGCUCUCCUCUCAGUCUCUUCGUCAGUCUUACAAGUCGAGUGGGAAGUACGGCUUCUCCGAGCGGGUAAUCGACGGGCUGACGGUGGUCGUAAAUUCCGUUAACAUUAAUUUUAAAUCUCCAGUAUUUCAGGCAUCUAUUCAGCUAUCUAGAGUUAUUUUAGAGAGUCGUGCACCCAAUUGGAAGAAGGCCGAUCUUCGUCUCUCUAGAAUCAAAGAUACGGAACACGGGGAGUUACUGUUUUUCAAGCAGCUCGACUGGCAGGUACUUAGGAUCGAGGCUAAAGCUAGAGAGUCUUCCGGCGAUGCAGAAGUGAAUUUAACACCUUUGAGAUUGAUCACGAAUCAGGGUUCCUGUAAAAUUACGAUAAAAAAGAAACUAAGCGACUGCAGCGUGAUGGGUUGUCGGAUUAUUUUCGUACUGGACGACCUUCUUUGGGUGCUGACGGACGCACAGCUGGUGGCGGCGUUGCACUUCGCAAAUUCUCUGAGUCAGCUCGUUCAACAGGCCAACGAAUUAUCCAAAAAAAUUAAAGCAAAAAGAAAACUGGAGCAACAACCUGAGAAACCCGUUCACGUAAAUCAUCCCACGAAAUCCGCUUCUAGUAGUCAGCGUGUUUCCGCACUAAUUCGUUACUUUCACCAGUACGACAUCAUCGAAACCUCGUAUCACAUGUACUGCGGAAGAAUCGAUCUUCAUUUGUGCGACGAUCUCGAUCCACACGGUGGCUCAAGAAAGUCUAGUUUUCAAGGUGGUGGUGCACUACAAAUCACUCUAAUGAAAUUAUCCAUGGAUUAUUAUCCAUAUCAUCGUGCCUUCGGAAAUCGAGAUCACUGGUUGCGUUACAGCGAGCCUUCGUCGGGUCGGAAUGCGUGGAUUCAGCAGCUCAUGUCGUUGUUCCACGAAAGUCUACAGGCUAAAUUUCAGUCCGAAACUCAAAAUUUUGUAGACAGUAAUCCUAACAAACAGGGUGGCCCCAAACAUACCUCGGUUCACAGAGCUCCUCCUCACGGUACAGAUCAAAGUAACAAAGGUACGCAGAGCAAGUCGAGUAACGAAGAUGCAAACAGGCGAGGAAGUUUGAGUCAAUACAAGAAAGCAGCAUCGCAGUGGAGUAUGAAGUACUUAAUGUCGUCGUGUUUUGUUUUUCGUCUGGAAGAAUACUGCGUAUAUAAAGUUUCAACAUCUACGACAUCCAGAAGUUUCGCUCAUCAGAAAUUCCUAGCUUACGACAAAGUGUCGUUAGUACUUCCGGCAGAUAUGAAAAGUAUUCAUUUAGAAAUGACUUAUUAUUAUUUUCCUGGAGAUAUUACUUUACCAGUUCCUACGCCAAAUAUUUUUGCACAUUUGGGACCGUUGCAGCUGACGUACGAUGAGACUACGUUAUUAUGGUUGAAUACAUUUCUGUUGAAUUUGGCGAAAUGCAUUGUAAGUAAUGUCUCCUUAUUUUUAUUCAAUAAUAUUUAAAUUUGACCUUUUGAAAUUCAUUGAUAAAUUACCUAACUUCACUGCCUGUAACCG